CCACAAGCAGCUAGCUGCAGCAGCGCGCGCCUCAGUGCCAUAACGCGCUGUUCUCGUCAUGUUUCGCCUCGUUGUCCUCGCGCUCGCUCUCUCGCUCUCGGUCACCACCGAUGGAACCGGGAGCACGCCCCCUCCCGAGACCGGGACCGAGGCUCCCCCCGCCACCACGGUCCAGAAGCAGGCGGUCCCGGUGCCGGUGCAGCGCGCUCCCGGUGUGGGAGAGCCGUGCGGCGCGCGUAACGGCCCCGGGUCCGCGCGCUGCGCUCCCGGUCUGGAGUGCGUGAAGAGCAAGAAGGAUAAGAAGGGCGCGGGCAGCAGGACGGGCGUGUGCGCGUGCAAGAACGACUACGAGGUGUGCGGCUCGGACGGCGUGAGCUACGGAACCGCGUGCGAACUGAAGGCGGCGAGCGCGCUCGCGGAGGCGGAGGGCAAGACUGGCAUUAAGGUGCAGCACAAGGGCAAGUGCCAGAAAGCUCCCACCAUCGUGACGCCUCCCGGAGAGGUGUGGAACGUGACGGGCUCUCAGGUGUUCCUGAGCUGUGAGGCGAAGGGGAUCCCCACACCUGUGGUCACCUGGAACAAGAUCAGCAGUGAUAAGAAGAAGAUGCUGCUUCUUCCUGGAGAUCAGGAUAACCUGGCCAUCCAGACCCGCGGAGGCCCAGAGAAACACGAGGUCACCGGCUGGGUGCUGAUCUUUCCGCUCACUACUCGUGAUGCGGGCUCGUAUGAGUGCCACGCCAGCAACGCCAAGGGUGAAGAUUCAGCUGUGGGCACCAUCCACGUGGUAGACUCCAUCAGUGACAUCCCCACCAAGAAGGUGGUCCAGGAUGACGAGCUGUAAGGGGGGGGGUGUGUCCCGAGGCCUCAUCAUAAAUCCUGCAGGAUCAGGACCAGGAUUAGACACAGACCAGCUACACACUGCUGUAUAUACCCGCACACUGCUCACCACACACACACUCCACACACACUGCAGUACACCAUACACACUCCACACACAGUGCUUUAUAUGCCCACACACACACUGUACAACACUGGCAACAUGCUGCACGCAGCUAGCAUUCGAACGUUAGCCAGUUAGCAUAUAAUUAAUUCGUCGAUUAUUAUACUGAUUAAUUCUCAUUAGCUACAAAAACAAGUAUCACACAGAUACACAGUAAAUUCUGAUCACGUGAUAUGUCUCGUGUUCUUGUUUUCUUUUAAACUAAGAAGCAAAAAAAUAUAUUUUAAAAUAUUUAUAAAAAUAUAUUGAUUAAUUAAUCAGUGUCAUAUAAAGUAUGCCAAAUUUUAUUUACUUAAAAAUAUAUAUUUAAAAGAUUUUUAUUAUUUUUGGUCAUUUUUAUACCCGUCAGAGUAUAUGUUUGAUAAAGCAUUUGAAUAUAUAUAUUUUUGCGUAUGGUAAGAAUUAACCAUGCGGCGUUCCUUAUAUAUAAAAUAAUGCAAGCUGUCCAAGCAUGACCCACCCAUACAGAAAAGAAAUAUAUAUGACCUUUCCUUUUUUUUUUCAAUGUGAAAUAUAUUUAAAAUAUAUUGUUUCAUUUUAAAACUUACUGCGAAACCCAGCUCCACCUUAAUCAAGAGAUCUGUCCAGAAAACCCGACCCAAACAUUUCCAUUUUACACUUUAAUCAGUGGCUCCACGUCCAGAUCUGCCCUCAGGGCUGCUGUCGAAGCUCUGAAGAGGCACUCAGAUCACGUUAUCAGAUAAUCAGACGAUCAGAUCAGUCAGAGAUAGCCGAGCUAAACGUCUCCACACGAUCAGAUCCAGGCGCUCAUCUCCGUAAAUCAGACGCACUGAACGCCAGGCGGCGGCCGGGGGCUUUUGUGUUGCUUCUUUUCAGGCAUUUCUUUUAAGAUAAAGAUUUUUUUUGUUUUGUUUAUUUUGCACAGAGUGUACUCACUGCAUAUUUCACAUAGAGUUACAUUCAUAGAGCUGAGAGUUCACGAGUUCACGAGAAUGUUAGAAGGUGUGCGUUAUCAAGAGGACAGUUACUUAAAGGGCCAGCGUCCUGAUUUUACUGUAGUAUUUUCCGAAAGAGUCGAUAGAGGAUGACUGGGGUGCCUAAAACCAUCAGUACACAAGGGGGCGAUAGAGGAUGAUUGCAGUACGUAAAACAUUCAGUAUUCAAGGGGACAAUAGAGGGUGACUUUGGUGCUUAAAGGGGGUAAUAGAAGACGACUGUGCUCCCUAAAACCAUCAGUACUCAAGGGGGCAGUAGAGGACGACUAUGGUGCUUAAAGGGGCAAUAGAGGGCUACUGUGGUGCCUAAAGGGGGCGAUAGAGAACUACUAUGGUGCCUAAAACCAUCAGUACUCAAGGGCGCUAAAGGAUGAUUGUGGUGCUUAAAGGGGGCAAUAGAGGGCUACUGUGGUGCCUAAAGGGGGCGUUAGAGGGCAAUUUUGGUGCGUAAAGGGGGUAAUAGAAGACGACUGUGCUCCCUAAAACCAUCAGUACUCAAGGGGGCAGUAGAGGACGACUGUGGUGCUUAAAGGGGGCAAUAAGGGGGAAACUGUGGUGCUUAAAACCAUCAUUACUCAAGGGGGCAAUAGAGGGGUGUUGACUGUUGUUUAAAGGGGCAAUAGAGGGCUACUGUUGUGCCUUAAGGGGGCAAUAGAGGGCGAUUUUGGUGCUUAAAAGGGAGUGAUAGAGGAUGAUUGUUGUUUGAAGGGGGCAAUAGAGGGCUACUGUGGUGCCUAAAGGGGGCGAUAGAGGGCAAUUUUGGUGCUUAAAGGGGGUAAUAGAAGACGACUGUGCUACCUAAAACCAUCAGUACUCAAGGGGGCAAUAGAGGACGACUGUGGUCCCUUAAGGGGGCGAUAAAGGACCGUGGCGCUUAAAGGGGGCAAUAGACCACAAUUUUGAUGCUUAAAGGGGGCAAUAGAGGAUGAAUUUGGUGCAUAAAACCAUCAGUACUCAAGGGGGCGAUAGAGGACGAUUAAGGUGCCUAAAGGGGGCGAUAGAGGGCGACUGUGGUGUUUAAAGGGGGCGAUAGACGGUGGUUAAUUGCGUUAAUCCAGCGAUAUUAGAGACUGUCACUGUAGCGACCCCUUGUGGCAGUGCUCAGAAUGUAUCGAAUGCUUAUGUUUUAUAUUUGAAUACACUUGAAACCCCCAAUCAGUGUAACUGUUUGUGUAAUGUUUGUUUUGGGCCUAAACCAAAGUUUAGUAUAUGUAUAUUAUAUUAAAUAAAAUUGCAGUACAUUAUGGAAAAUAGUUUUUGGGCCAUUUUCCAAUUUCUUUAAGAAAAGGUAUUUUAUAAGAAUAUUUACAUAUAUUUCUUUUCUGUAUGGGUAGUUUAUAUUUGUGACAUCACAAAAAUGCAAUAUGUAGUCUAGGAUUAUUCCUAGAAUACGAGUUAAAAUGACGCUGUUUCUAGACUUAUAUGUUAUAAAACCUGUAAACCUGUGUUUAUAGAGUAUAUUAUAUCAAGACCAGCGAGAAAUUUAAAUUUCCAUUUUAACAGACCAUUUAAUCCAGUUCUCCAUCACAUAUAUUAUAUACUGUAUUAUCCUGCGGAUGCUGGUGUGUUUAGUGAUUGUAUAAUGUUAACAGUACGUGAGAAAGUUUAUCUGAUACAGUCUGGAGGAUUGAAGGCGUGGAGAUACGAGAUUAUGGUUCUGAUAUGAAAGGUUCUUUUAGAAAUUCAGAGGAAGAAGAAAGAAGGUGUGAAGGUUUAGUUUUUUUCCCAUCAUCCAUCGCUUCAUUCAGCUUAACAGCUCCAGCAAGCGAGUACAUGAAAAAACAACACACAGAACAAUACACCCAUUCCAGCCUCUCUCUCACACACACACACACACACACACACACACACACACACACACACACACACACACACACACACACACACACACACACACAGUUGUGUAUAUAGUCAUGUAAGUGAGCACUGAGGCGUGUUGGGAAGUGUUAAGGUAGUCACGUUCAGCUUUGGGUGCUAUGAUUUAAUGUUUAUGAUAUUUUGUCACUUCUUUAUACUGGUUUAAGUGUUUAACUGGUUUUUCCUUUAGAUUCCCACAGUAUAAUUACUGUAUGAGCUACUAAUACAUUAAUUUAAAUGUUAUAACAGCUCACUAAUGAAUAAAGAGUUUAUAAAGAGUAA